AUGACUUCAUGGUUCUUGGGUAAGGAAUCGUCAUCCUGGUGGGGACAGGAGGUUCGUUGUUUGACCCUAGAGGAAAGGGCUGAUUGGGAAGUGUUUAAGCAGUUGUUUAGGAAAAUGUUUGGGCCCCCUGAGUACAUUAAUCGUAAGAAGCAAGAAUUUACUGAAUUGAGGCAAGGGAAGUUAACGGCGAAUGAAUAUUAUGGGAGGUUCAUUGAUUUAUCUCAUUAUUAUCUGGAGGUUGCUGCUAAUCCGAUAGAGAUGCUUCGUCGUUUUCGAUUGGGUACUAAGAAGAAGUGGUGUUCUAUGACGACCACUACUUCUUGUGACUCUUAUCAGGAGUUCUAUGAGAUUCUGUUAAGGAUUGAGGAUUCUGAGAAUAUGCCUAGCGAGAGUGAGGAAGAAGAAAAAGAUGGCAAUAAAAGGAAAGACGAUAAAGACAAAGGUCAAGCAUCUCAAGGACUUCGCAAGACCCAGAGUUUUAAGCGGAGUGGAGCCAGUUCCAGUUCUUCCAACGGAUGUUUUAGUGCCACUGGUCAAUGA